UUUUGCAGAUCUCUUUAAAAUGAGAAUAAAUCUAUGGUUUCAGAUUGCAAGUCAAUACAUGUAUGCACAUGUACAUGUACUUGUUUGUGUACCGGUAGGAUGGUGCCAACAGCAGCAACUUGAUGAUGCAAUCACACUCAACACUGCAUGAACCUCUGAGUGCAGGUGGAAUCACACGUAUUGCACACUUGGCAAGCAUUGAGCCACGUGGCACUUCACACAAGCAUUCACUGCACAUGAACAGUACAUUAAUGUGCACUCUAGAGGUCACUUUCAAGUCAGGUCAUUGGAAGAUUUGACAUGGAGUAGAGCCAUAUAGGUUCAAGCUGGUGAAAGUGAUUUCAGAUUUGAUUGAGGCUAGGACUAUGAUUUUGUAGGUGUGCAUCUGUUGCUGUGUUUUACCAUCCAGAAUGGCGCAUCUGACUCGGGUUGCGUCAGCAUUGAAACAUCAAGUGGGUCCGCAGCUGGGAAGCCUGAGGCUUCGGUUGCUCUCCACAAGUUCCUCAGCAUGGGCUAACCUGGACAAGCCAAGGCAAGCCUACUUGGUGCUGGAUGAUGGCAGUAAAUUCAAGGGUUAUUCCUUUGGUCAUGAGACCUCUGUUACUGGGGAGAUGGUCUUCAACACUGGACUUGUCGGCUAUCCAGAGUCCAUGACUGACCCCAGCUACCGAGGUCAAAUCUUGACCUUGACUUACCCACUUGUGGGCAACUAUGGCGUGCCUGACACAAACAUUGAGGAUGAGAAUGGGCUCAGGAUUCAUGCGGAAUCUGAGAAAAUACAGAUAACUGGUCUGCUGGUACAAGAUUACUCCAAGAGACCCAGCCAUUGGGCCUCUGUCAAGUCCUUGUCUGAUUGGUUGACGGAAGAGGGUGUGCCAGCACUUUAUGGCAUUGACACCAGGAUGUUGACCAAGAAGAUCCGAGACACGGGUACCAUUCUUGGCAAGAUUGAGUUUGACGAUCAGCCCAUUGACUUUGUGGACCACAAUGCAAGGAAUCUGAUAAGUGAGGUGUCCACGACCGAGACUCAAAUCUUUGGCAAGGGUAACCCCUACAAGGUCAUUGCAAUCGACUAUGGAAUCAAGAACAACAUCAUUCGCAGCCUUGUUAAGAGAGGUGCAGAGGUACACCUGGUUCCAUGGGACUACGACGUGACUAAAGACACCUAUGAUGGCCUCUUCUUAUCAAACGGGCCAGGUGAUCCAGCCCUAGCAAAUGCAGCCAUUGAAAAUCUGAGGAAGGUGAUAGAAGAAGACAAACCCAAACCAGUAUUUGGCAUAUGCAUGGGCAAUCAACUGACGGCAUUAGCAGCAGGGGCAAAGUCCUACAAACUGGCUUUGGGCAACAGGGGUCACAAUCAACCAGUGCUUAACAUGAUUAACGGCCAGGCAUUCAUCACGUCCCAGAAUCACGGCUAUGCCAUCGACGAAGCCACUUUACCCAAAGAGUGGAAACCCAUCUUUGUCAAUGCCAAUGACCACAGUAAUGAGGGUAUUAUGCAUGAAUCGAAGCCCAUUUUCACUGCACAGUUUCAUCCCGAACACAAAGGAGGUCCUACAGAUACAGAGUUCAUGUUUGAUACGUUCAUGGAGCUUGUGAGAACUGGACACAGUAACAUCAAAACGGCCAUCAGCCCUGUGGUGCCGUUACCGGAGCGACCUGUGGUUUCCAAGGUUCUUGUUUUAGGAUCCGGUGGUUUAUCUAUCGGCCAGGCUGGUGAAUUUGACUAUGCCGGAUCCCAAGCCGUCAAAGCGCUGAAGGAAGAGAAUAUCCAGACAGUAUUAAUGAACCCGAACAUAGCGUCCGUCCAGACCAACGAAUACGGAGAGAAACAAGCUGACAACGUCUACUUUGUUCCCAUUACCCCUGAGUACGUUAUUGAUGUCAUUAAGCGUGAGAAGCCAGACGGGAUACUGCUGUCCAUGGGAGGGCAGACGGCGCUGAACUGUGGAGUGGAGUUAUUCAAACAGGGUAUAUUCAAGGAGCAUGGAGUGGAGGUGCUUGGAACUUCAAUUGAAUCCAUCAUGGCUACUGAAGACAGGCAGACCUUCAAUGACAAGUUGAAAGAAAUCGGAGAAAAGAUUGCCCCCAGCUUUGCCGUUGAAACAGUUGAAGAGGCUUUCCAGGCUGCGGAAAAGAUUGGCUACCCUGUCAUGGUGAGAGCUGCAUAUGCACUGGGCGGACUGGGUUCAGGGGUCGCCAAGGACAAAGAAAAACUCCAACAGAUAGCUACACAGGCUCUGGCAUUGUCUAAUCAACUCCUCAUUGAGAAGUCGCUGCUAGGUUGGAAGGAGGUUGAGUACGAGGUUGUGAGAGAUGCUGCCAAUAACUGCAUCACUGUCUGCAACAUGGAAAACUUUGACCCACUUGGUGUGCAUACAGGUGACUCCAUCGUAGUGGCCCCUAGCCAGACCCUGUCCAACCAGGAGUACCACAUGCUACGGGAGACAGCUCUGAAGGUGGUUCGCCACCUGGGCAUCAUCGGCGAGUGCAACAUCCAGUAUGCCCUCCAUCCCACCUCCCUGGAAUACUGCAUCAUUGAGGUCAAUGCAAGGCUGUCUCGCAGCUCGGCGCUAGCCUCAAAGGCGACAGGGUACCCACUGGCUUUCAUAGCUGCCAAGUUAGCUCUAGGUGUUCCCCUGCCGCAAAUCCGCAAUGCCACAACCCAAUCCACCACAGCAUGCUUUGAGCCCAGCCUGGAUUACAUUGUGACCAAAAUACCGCGCUGGGAUCUGGACCGCUUCCACCACACCUCCAGUGUCAUCGGAAGUGGCAUGAAGAGUGUCGGAGAGGUAAUGGCCAUUGGUCGCACCUUUGAGGAGAGUUUCCAGAAGGCAUUGCGUAUGACCCAUCCGUCCAUCGAUGGGUUCUCUCCAAAGAUGCCCAUGGGAAAACCCUUCCCAUCCAAUCUGGAGGAAGAGAUGAUAGUCCCCUCCAGCUACCGGAUACACGUCAUUGCCAAGGCUCUUCAUGAUGGCUACACCGUUGACCAGAUCCAUGAUCUAACAGCCAUUGAUAAAUGGUUUCUGCACAAACUGAAGCGGGUCACUGACAUUGACCAUACUUUAGCAAAGCUUGACCAGAAUUCAGUUUCGCCUGACAUGCUCUUGAAAGCCAAGAAAGCUGGCUUCUCUGAUCUACAGAUCGGAAGCAGGCUGAAGGUGGAUGAGAAAGAAGUCCGUAACCUGAGGGAGAAACAUGCAGUCAAGCCUUGGGUCAAACAGAUUGACACCAUGGCUGCAGAGUACCCAGCUAAGACCAACUAUUUGUACUGCUCCUACAACGGCAUGGAGCAUGACGUCACCUUCAACGAUCACGGUACAAUGGUGCUGGGGUGUGGUCCCUACCACAUAGGCAGCAGCGUGGAGUUUGACUGGUGCGCGGUGUCCUGCAUCCGCUCGCUGCGGGAGAUGGGCCAGAAGACGGUGGUGGUCAAUCACAACCCUGAGACCGUCAGCACAGACUUUGACGAGUGCGACCGGCUGUACUUUGAGGAGCUUUCCAGGGAGAGAGUUCUCGAUAUCUACAGUCAGGAGAAAAGCACUGGGGUGAUUGUGUCUGUCGGAGGCCAGAUUCCUAACAACUUGGCUUUGCCUCUGUGGAAUGACGGAGUCAACAUACUGGGGACGAGCCCAGUGCAGAUCAACAAAGCUGAGGAGAGGUCCCUGUUCUCAGCCAUUUUGGAUGAUAUCAAUGUGAAUCAGGCACCUUGGAGGGCACUCUCAUCAUUGGACGAGGCUCUUGACUUUGCGGCCAGUGUUGGCUACCCAUGUUUACUGCGUCCAUCAUUUGUUUUAAGUGGCUCAGCAAUGAACGUGGCAUAUGGCCCUGAUGAAUUGAGGAAUUUCCUCGCCGCGGCAACCAUGGUAUCCCAGCAACACCCGGUGGUAAUCACCAAGUUUGUCGAGGGUGCCAGAGAGAUUGAGAUGGAUGCAGUAGCACAGAGUGGAAAGGUUGUUGCGCAUGCCAUCACGGAGCACGUGGAGAAUGCAGGAGUCCAUUCUGGCGAUGCUACUCUAAUUCUGCCUCCACAGACGAUCAGCGCCGAAGUCAUCAACAAGAUCAAGGAAGCCACAGCUAAGAUAGCUAAAAGGUUUGAAAUAUCCGGGCCAUUCAACACUCAGUUCCUGGCCAAAGACAACGACAUAAUGGUCAUAGAGUGCAAUCUGAGGGCCUCGCGUUCCUUCCCCUUCGUCUCCAAGACCAUCAACUGUGACUUCAUCGACGUGGCCACUCGGGUCAUGCUGCGGGAGCCCCUGGACCGUACCAUGUUGCCCACCUUGGACAACCCCUCCAUCCCCGAGGGCUACGUGGGUAUUAAGGCCCCCAUGUUCUCAUGGCCACGCUUGCGGGAUGCUGACCCACUGCUGAGAUGCGAGAUGGCAUCCACUGGGGAGGUUGCCUGCUUCGGGCCCAAUGUGAAUGCAGCCUUCCUGAAGGCCCUGCUGUCAACAGGCUUCAAGAUUCCCAAGCAGAACAUCCUGAUUGGCAUCCAGAAGAAGUUUGAGCCGGUCUUCCUACCGACAGCCCACAAACUUCACCAGAUGGGAUAUAAGCUUUUUGCCACUGAGAAGACCGCCGAGUAUCUGACUGAACACAACAUUCCGGCCAAAGUAGUGGCCUGGCCGCUGGCCGAUCAGCAUGAAAAGAUAGAUGCUCCAUCUGCAAUCAGAUUAAUUCAGAGCAAAGAGAUGGACUUGGUGAUCAACCUGCCCAAUAACAACACACGCUACAUCCAGGACAACUACUUGAUCCGACGAAGUGCCAUUGAUGCUGGCGUGCCACUCAUGACAAACUUUGAAGUUGUGAAGCUCUUUGCCCAAGCAUUGGACCACGUGGGUAAGCUUGAUGCCACGACCCUCUUCCAUUUCAAGAAGCCCCGUCACAGUGUGAUGAAGACCCUGCAUUGAGAUGUUUCAUGCGACAGGACAUCAGUCAAUCAUCAAUUAUUAGGCACUCAAAGUCCAACCCCUGCCCCCUCAGUCAUCAAUAGAAGGCACCGUAUAACUUUGGUUACUGUGUGACUUUGAAGUACAUGUGCUGGUGUCUGAAGCACUUUGCUGUUGAAGAGUCAUAACAAAUUUUUUUUUUUUGGGUCAACAGAGAGCAGGUCAAAACACAAGCUUCUCUUUUGCAACUUUAGUUUACAGGGAAAAGAGUUUAGGCGAUCAGAAAUAUGUACAUGCAUUUGUGUAGCAACUACUGGUUACAUGUUAACUCGGAUACAAGUAUUCCAAAUUAUCAACCGAAUGUGAGGUCUCUAUUUAUUUUAUUUAUUUUUUCCAAAUACGUUUGUGGAUGAGAUCCAUUUUAUAACUGAAAACUGGGUUCAAAAUGACCCAUUAGGUCAAAAGUCACGAUCCUAAAGAUAUCAAUAUAGUGUCAUAGAGAGUCAUUGAAAACUUCUGUUUUCAAAGAACAGGGUUGAACUGUACGAAGUACACUAAUACUAUGGUUAUCUUGGCGUCUAUUAAAAAAUUCAUAUUGCAUAAUUUUUACUUGGUGUGUAAGUACAUGUAUCUGCUUUGUUUUGUUUUUUUCACACUUACGCUUUUCACCCUCUGUGGGUAUCGGUGGAAGCUCUAAAGGCACUUAAAAUGCUAGAGUUUGUAGAAAAUAUUAAAUUUCAUAGAAUUUUA